UUUACACCAGCUACUUAGCAUUUAUUAUUAUUUAUAUUAAAAUACUUUACAUGUUUUAUGUAUAUCUGUACACUUACUGAUACAUGCAUAAAGUUUCAGUGUUUGAAAGGUUCCACAGUGAGCAGGUUUGUUGGUACCAGGUGAAGGAAUCAUGAUCGGGUAUAAAAGGAUCCACCAAAGGAUCAGUCUGUACAAGCAAUAAUGUGGGCGUGGCUCACCACUGUGUUCCAAACUUCAUCAGAGAAUCAAUCAGUUAAAAAAAGAUCAUUUCUUAAUGCAGGAUUGUAAAUAAUUUACAUUUUUUACAAUCUACUGUACAUAAUAUUGUGAGAAGAUUCAGGGAAUCUGGAGCGAUUUUAGUCCAUGUAGGGCAAGAUGAAAACCACAGUCUAAUGUUUGUGACCUUUGAGCCUUCAGAUGGCGCUGCAUGAGAAACCGUCAUGUUACUGUGAUAUACAGUAUAUAUAGCCACAUGGGCUUGGGAGUGCUUCAGAAAAUCAUUGUCACUUAACACAGUAUCAGAUGGACUGAAACACAGUGGAAAUGUGUGCUACAGCCAGAUGAGUCCACGUUAGUUUAUUAUUAUUUCAGAAAGACAAGACCACGCCUCAUUCUGCACGUUACAAUGUGAGUGCGUGUGUUCGACCAGCCUGCCUGCAGUCCAGAUCUGUGUUCUGUUGUAAAUGUCUGGCACAUCAUGAGGAGAAGAAUCAGACGACGGCGAGCACGGACUGUUGAGCAGCUGAAUCUCGUAUCGAGCAAGAAAGGAGAAAAAUUCCACCCACAAACCUGCAACCAUCAGUGUCCUCAGUUCCUCACACAAUAAAAAGGGCCUUGCUCAGGGGCCCAACAGAGCUGGGAUUCGAACUGACAAUCUUCCGAUUGAUAGCCCAAAGCUCUACCCACUAGGCUCCCACUGUCCCACAAUGCCCAUCCUGCUUUGUGCCCUGAGUGUGCCCACUCUGAACAAACCGCAACCCAACCAGGAUGAAUUGGUGCUGAUGAUGUAAAACAUUUUAACUUUCUAUUGUGUGUGUGUGUGUGUGUGUGUGAGUGAGUGAUUGACAGGUAUGUGUGUAAUGUGUGUAUAAGGGUGUGAUCCUGAAACGAUUGUGCUCUUGUGUGGUGGAGGUGUAGCGCUGCACCCAUUACGCUGAAUGAGAGGCGGAUACGGCUGCUGUCGACAUUUCUUCCUUCACAUCUCUAGAGGAAGUGCAGGGUGAGGUGUGUAAGUCAGCGCCGGCUCAGAGUCUUGAAGUGUGUAGCAGUGUGUGUGAUUGUGUAUAGGUGUGUAACCCUAACCCCCCGUGGUCCCUGCGUCCUGGUGGAGGACAUGACUCAGGACGGAUGUAGUAAUGGAAAGCAGCUGAGGAUGGUGAUCGUUGGAGAUGGAGGUUGUGGUAAAACCUCACUGCUCAUGGUGUACGCUAAAGGAGAUUUCCCUGAGCACUACGCUCCAUCAGUGUUUGAGAAAUACGUAACCACGGUAACACAUGGAGGGGCAGACAUCACACUCAACCUGUACGAUACAGCAGGUCAGGACGAUUAUGAUCGGUUGAGGCCGCUCUCCUAUCAGGAAGCUAAUCUUGUGAUUGUGUGUUAUGACGUCACAAACCCCACCAGCUACGAUAACGUGCUAAUCAAGUGGUACCCAGAGGUGCAUCACUUCUGCCCUGGUGUACCGAUACUCCUGAUUGGCUGUAAGACCGACCUGAGGAAGGACAAAGAGAGGACCAGGAAACUCCGAACGCUCAACCAGGAACCAAUUACGUACAGACAGGGUGAGGAGACGAGGAAGGAGAUGAAUGCCGCGCUCUAUCUGGAAUGUUCCGCUAAAUAUCAGGAGAACGUUCAGGACAUUUUUAAAGAGGCGACCAAACUGGCAUUGGAACACCGACGGAGAUCCCGACAGCUUCACCGCAAGAAAAAGAAAUGUUCAAUACUGUAGAGAGAGGCGGAGAACCGGAGAACCACAGAGCUGCAGAACUGGAGAACUAAAAGAACUGCAGAACCGGAGCGCCUCCAGUUUAUUUUUCUAUGUUUAGAAUAUUUUAUAAAUGUUGAGAAAUUUUAUUUUAUUAUUUUAUUAUAUUAGUUUUAUACAACAGAGAACAUGAAGAGAUCCUGAUACACACACACACACACACACACAUACAUAUAUACACUCCUGUGUGCUGCUGUUAGUAAAUCAGAUUGAAGGUGGAUUGUUGAAGCUGGGACGUUGUUGCUCACUGACGGUUCUCCUGCCAUGUUUACAUGUACAAUCAGGACCUGGUGCUUUUUGUACUGAACUGUAACAGAACGUAACAGAACCUGUAAUCUAGAACACAGAGACGCAACUCUGGUACCAUACACGAGAUAAAACCUGCUUUUACUAAAGA